CUCACUUUUAUUAAUAGCUUUGGUUUGUACCGUAAUGUAUAUCGUAUGUUAAUAGGGUUUUACUUUAUCUUCGUAGGUCUGUCUUUUUAUAAGCGGGCACGCCGAGCCAAUGUUCUUCCUUUUACGAUUAGACUACAUAGUAGCAACUUCUCCGACGUACUACUAGCUAUUAAAUGUCUUACAGCCCUAGAGCGUAGUAUUGAGGUAUAG